AGUGAGUCCAUGCUGAUUGCAGUAGGUUUGGACUAAACUCCAUAAAAAUAGUCACAUAAAUUAAUAAUAAAUUAAUAUCAUGCUGUACCAGUAAAAAAAAAAAGUUGACAUAUGGCUAUCAAUGCAUCUAUAAAACAAACCGACUCCUCCUCCUUAUCUCAGCUAUGGACCAAUAAAAACUCUGAGAUGUUUGUUACCUGUCACGAAAUCUGUGAAUCGUGACUCGGUUCACACACAGCUCAACAGCAAAAUCUGAGUUAAUAGUCUUGAAAUAAGACUACUGGAUAGACUUCAGUAGUGCUGUUUUUCUUUUGUACUUGAUGGAAAAAAACAUUCUGCACCCUUUAUAAUAAUACUAAGUAAUUUGCAUUUCAACAGUUGGCAAAUUCUAUAAAAUUAUAACAACGCAUCCUCAUGGCUAGGAAUUUUAUUUAUCAAGAUGUGUUUUCAUGCAGAAUGCUUCAGCCAGAGCUUCUACUGCUUUAACCCAUUUUUGACAACAAAAGAUUCAGUCAAAAACAUUUUUUCAGCAUUUAAAACCCAUCAUAAUGCAGGAAAUCGCAUCGAGAUUCUUAAUUCUUGGAGGACCUCGAACCUCCCCAUUAGCUUUCCAUUCUUCUUUGACUUUUGUGGGAAAAAGAAUCUUUUACUUGCUUUCUCUGUAUUUCAAAGCUGUAUUUCAAAGCUUCAGUCAGGGUUGGUCACACCAACCCUGACUGAACACAGAUGAUGGCGCUUCGUCUCCUCUCUACACUGAUCCUGCUCUCUACCAGCGGCUCUGUCUGUGGACUGAUGAUCCUCGAGGUUUUGGGAAACGAUGUUAAAUUCCCUUUUAGCGCGUCAUGUGGAGCAGAGAAGACUCAGCGUCUGUUCCUCCAUGUGAGAGGUUCUCCCCCCCCGGCUGGUAGCGUCUCGGACUGGAGCUCAGGUCUCUCCUGGACCACUUUACACUGACAGACUGAACCACAGCGACUCUCUUCUCCUCCUGAAACUCGUGAGGAUGAACGACGCCGGACUCUACGAGCUGACAUGUAACGACCGUGUAGAGACUCUGAUGGAGCUGCAGCUCUUCUUCCCGGUGGAAACGGUCUCUGCUGAGGGGCAAACCGUGGAUCUCCCGUGUCAUUCCGUUACACUCGGUAGAUCCGUGGAGAGUGUGAAGUGGGAGAAGAGCAGCGGACAGGUGGUGCUGGAGGUGGACGGACUCUCUGGAAGCUGGACUCCGGGGGAAGAGUUUCAAGGAAGCCGGCUGUCAGUGUCCAGGGACUGGAAGGAAACAGGGGACUUGUCGCUCCGGAUGGAGGUGAAGGAGGAACACGGAGGACUUUUCUUCUGCUCGGUAACAGAAGGCAGAGUGAAGACCUUGAAGGCAGCAGUGAGGCUGACAGUCAGACCGAACAUCACGGAUCCAGAGAGCAGCGAGACCAGCGAGCAGCCUCAGGAGUCACACUGUGCUGAGGUUUAUUGGCGCAGUUGCUUCAUAGCAGCAGUUGUCUUGGGAGUGACUGCUGCUCUGUCUGCGGCUCUCGGAUGUUUCCUGAAAAGAAGAAGCAGCAGAGCUUCACCACCGGCAUCGUCACAGGAGAGCAACACAAAUGGAAUUCCUCUGAACCCAAGAGGGGCUGAAGAAGGUCUGUCCUCUUCAGGAUGAGACACCAGUGAGAAAACCUGCUUGAGGACCAGAGAGAGUCUCUGAUUUCUCCUCCUGAUCUUUCCUCAUGUGAAGAGACUCCCACAGUGCCUUGCUGGUCUGAUUCAGAGCUACAGUCCAGCAGUGAGGCCUAUCAGUCCACUUCUCACUCUCUGCUCUCACUCCCAGCAUCCACUCCUCCUGGUUAGUGGUUAGCACUUUGACCUCACAGUCAGAAUGUCCCCAGUUUGAAUCCUCUCUCAGUCCAAACGCUAAACACUCAGGUCAGAGGUCAAACUGAGCACAUUAAAGCAGCAUUUAGCUCCAAAUGUGAGUGUUUUCAAAUCCACAUUCAAGACUCUUCUUUUCUCAUGUGGGUGUUUUAAAUCAGGCAUGUCAAACAGAAGGCUCGUGGCCCAAAAGUUGCCCCCUGGAGGCUUCAAUUAGACCCUCCAAACCACCAAGAAAAAUGUCAAAAUUUCAAAGAAAACAUCAACGUUUUAACUCAUUUCAGAGCAGCGGACAUAAAGCAACACUGAGACCUGAGCUGAGAUGCUGCCAUGAAAGCUAGCUGCCUCACUGCUAGCAAACUAGCAUUAGCCUCAAAGCCCUGUUGUCAGGGAGAGUUAGUAAAAACACUGAGAGCAGCUUCAGGAGACGUUUUCUGGACAUUUCACUGUAUUUUGCACCAGAAACUAUCUUUAAAAUUGGCUUUAUGUUGAGACUGUAGUCAUUUUUAGCAGUACUUCAAAUUUAUUAUUAUUAUUAUUUUUUUUUUUUUGUAUUACUAGGUGGCGGUAGUGAGACAGGUUGUUUAUGUAGAGUUCAGAGGUCACAGGUAGAGGGAGGACACACAGUUCUCACCAGACCAGCAAACAGAAGAUUCAGACAAAGAUUC